GAAAAUAUACGAACGGGAGGCGGCAUAUUCGGAUAUGUACGUUACGUAAAUUUGUCUACAAAUUUCCCCUAAAUAAACGACGUAAGGGUGCAAUCAACAUUUACACUUUAUUUACGUUUUCUUUCGCUUUAUCUCCCCUUGUUUGCCUCUGUUUCCACUUUAUUGGUUGCUUGUGAUUGCUUGAAAUAUUUAAAUAUUUUAAGCAAAACAAAUAUUUUUCCUUGUCAGCGUCAAAUAGUAACGAAAAGUGUUAAUUUAUCUAAGAUAUCCCUCUCAAUUAUACCGCUUUUCAUUCUAUUUGGUGUGUAAUUCCGAGUCAUUGGACUGUUUGAUGAUUGUGGUUUCUAUUCUGAGACUGUUCUUCAAAAAAGUUCCCUACAAAUUUUCUACUGCUAGUGUUCUGACAAGCAUUUGAAAUUAGUAGACAUUUCUCAACUUAAAAUUGAAAGUUUUGGCGGUCACAGUUUCUUAAAUUACAGAACAGAACUGCUAUAUCUAGAAAUACUCAGUUAACCGGUCACCAUAUUUCAGUAUUAGAGGAAACGAUCUCUACAGUCUAUCUCUAUUUGUUAGAAGUUAUCCCAACAUACUACUUCCGUAUACUACCGAUACAACUGUAGUUAUACUGUUCCCUUAUUCGCUAGACAUAGUAUUACCAAUCAGUAUUUAUUCAUGUGUAAUUCUUCAGUGGCACGAAAACUCCGUAUUCGAUAGUAAGACUCGUCUAGUUUUAUGCGGGUAUCCUGAGCUAAAACAUUUGAUACAAAACGUCUUCCGGAGCACGGAAAAUGUCAUUCUGUAUGUUAGGAUCGUUCACACCAGUAACAGAUGACAAAGAAGACUAUUUAAGAAAGCUGGUAGUAAACAAGACGGAAUUUAGUGCUAAACGUGAUGUAAAACGAUCCGAAAUACUAUGGCAAUCAGCACCACGAUGCUAUUUUUCGUUGUGUAAUCUCGCUGUGGUCAUCCGGUUAGUUUUCAGAACUCAACAUUUAUUAGUCGCGAAAAGUCAGCUAAGUUUCAAACUUCUUUUAUUUCGUGAAGCUUUAUCUUUUAGAUUAGUGUCACACAUCGGUGUGUUAACUAAUUUUAUCACAGUUUUUAUUUUUUCGUAACGAAAUAUCUCAUAUACUUAUCCAUAUGUAGCAUAAAAUGACUUAAGUUCGAUCACAGUUACAGAAAUGUAGUUUCUUUCAAACAACUACAUGAUCACUAUCACUUUUAUACUUCGAUAUUCAUACAGCCACUUCCUUCUGAAGUAUACCAUUGAUAUCACUUUAAGUUGUAUGAUGUAUUUCAUUUAUUUAUUUGAGAACAUACGAGUGUACCAGAGCUUAGACGUAGUCAUAGUUUAAGUAAGGCAGCUUUUCCGAGCAGUAGUUCGUAUAUAUAACUAACGUUUUACCAAAGUCACUCAGUCAUAAUUGUCUUCGAUUUUGGUUGGAGUUGCUACUAGCCAGUAACAGGCAAUCGCCAGAAUAUUUAUGGCAAGCGAUCAGAUUUACCAGCUCACCAGCUUGGAUUUCCUAUUUAAAAUUAACGGAAGUAGUCAUAUCGAGUAAUAUCAUCUCUCUCUUUUUGGCUUCUAAAGUGUGACAAAUUGUUCACGUUCACUACAAAAUGAGUCAAAAAUACAAUCACGAGAAGAAUUUGCCUAGCAGAAGAGAAAUUUGUGAAUGGGAUGACAGUGUUGCCGAUACUAAACCUUUCAGUCAAAACAGUCCUCGUGAUAAAUUUGUAAAAGGUAGCAGUCAUCGAAGUGAUUUAUCAAAAAGUUACAAGGAAUCCGUUCUCUCUGAUAACUGGUCAGCAACAAACCGCGUCUCAUCAAAUGGACAUGAAACUUGUGAUGAUUUUGAUGAUAGUAACGUUGAAGGUCUCGUGAGUGAUGAUGACAAUGACUUUGAUGAAGAUGAUGAUGCAGAAGAUGAGGACUGGGUUGCUUCCGAUUAUGAGAAAAAAGUAGGUCAAUUUCGGUUAUUUAUACUUAAAACCCCAAUGUUUUUACAUCGUAAGUGUGAUCUUAAAUGUACAUAGCAGGUCGAAAGAAAAUUUCUUGUUUUGUGGCUGUAAUAAAAUGUAAUAGUACAGUAUGAUAUGCCAUUCCUUUCUCAGGUGUUCAACUAUACUUGUUUGAGACAGAUAUAAUCAGUUCGUUACAUUUCACACGACAUCAUGAAGGAAAGUUGGCCUGAAAAAGAACAACUGGAUGGGGAUAUUAUUUCAGUGAGAAACUGCUUUAGUCAAUUAAUCUGGUGUCCAAAUUUUGUAAAGUUACUUACGUGGGUUUAUUGAGUUUAAUUUACUCACGUUUUAGCAUAUACCUCUUAGUAAGUAUAGCAUCCAAAAUAUUAUUUUGUAACAUGUUUCACCUUAACAAUCUAGCAUUAGAAUUAAACCCAAUCUAUCGACAGUUGAACGUUCACAUUUGCUUUGGAUUGAAGGAAAGUUAGCGAUAAUCAUUAUAACGAUGUCUGACAAAAAAGUAUUGGAUGAAUUUUAACUAGAAAAUGUACAUCUUUCCCAUUUCGCAAAACAUUUUGUGCGUGAUAUGCUCAAUUGUAUUCAUUUAGGCACGCUAAAUCUAAAUUCAACAGUUAAGUCUCCUUAUUUCUUUUCCUGAUGUAUACAACAGUUUUUUUUAUUUCCUAUUAAAAUCACAGGUAGUCAUGUCUUAUGGUCGGAAAUUUUUCUAAUAUUUAGUGUCGAAGCUGGCUACUUUAAAUUACUGUAGUGUUUUCCUAUUUAGGUAUAACGAUUUAUUAACGCUAAAAUUUAUGUGCAGUGAGCUACAGUUAAGAGAUUUGUAAACUGUAUUUAAGUUAUCAUACUAAGUAUUGAUUCCAUCCUACUUCAUCAUUAAUUCUAUCAUCUGUACAUCUCCAUCUGAUUUUUUGAUGAUAGUUUAGUCAAUUAUACUCUGUCAUUCGUAUAAUCUCAGCUAUGUAUGCCUGCAAAAAACAAAGGACCUGAACAUCUAAUCAAUUGUCAUGCAACUCUUAUCAGACUCCGCUCUAAAAAUGGUACACAAAAUGUGAAGUCUAGUAGUCUAAAUCAUUUUUUAAAAAAUGUUUCUCUAAAAUAAUUCAAUUGAUCAGUUUUUUAUAUUAGAUAAGAAAAUGAUAUUAGGUUUCUCAAGGUUGUCCUUAUUUUGUGGAUAUUAAUAAGAACCGAAAUUUUAAGGAUUAAAUGCAGUUAACUAGAUAAUGUUAAUGUACUCCACUGUGUAGAAGUAUAGAACAUUAUUCAUUGAAACGUUUGAGAUACUUGUCAUUAGCCAUAAUAAACAUAGGUGGCUAUUGCUUAGAACAUGUAAUUCCUAUCUUUCUACAGUUUUAUGUGCUUCUUCGCAACAUUACUCUAAACCUUUUGGACCUUUUUAUUUAUUUAUUUGAACACAUAAAUACUGAUACAAAGGGGUACCAAAUACACAUGCGUCACACAAGUCACUUGAUUUGUGUGGGGGGUAAUACUGCCCGAGUGCCCAGACCGAAGCAAAUGAUAUUUUGAACGAUUGGUCUGCGAAUGUAGUAGGACUAACCACUCGUAUUAUCGUUUGGUAUACUUGAACAUUAUUAAUUAUAACUAAUUGUACUUCACUGUAACUGAAAAAGUUGUUCUCUUUUAUCGUCUUAAUGAAAUAAUUUCGCCUAGGUUUUCAAUUGCGAAGCUUUUGUUCACUCUACAUUACCAAUUUUUUUAGCGUCCUAGUCGCACUUCUCGAACACAACUCACUGGUUCACGUAAAAUUGGAAAUAGUUGCAGUUCACAUCGCAAAAGUUCACAUGGAGAUCGUUCUCAACGUAGAAUUGGCAGCAGUUUGCCAAGGACAGCUGCUUACAAUCCAGAGAGUAAUCGUAUUGUUUCUUCCAAUAAAUCUUCCAAAUCCGUUGGUCGACCUAGAACUGUUAAUCGCUAUCAAGGUGGAAGUGCUAGGACUGUUCAUGCAUCAUCUGGUCGUAAGAUUGCUACACGUCGAGUUGAAAAACCAAAGACAAAUAAUAGCAACCCACGAAAAGUAUUUGAUUCACUAAUACCUAACGAACUAAAAAAGCCUCGACAAUGUUUCGGUCCUGGAUGCACUCGAGCUGCAGCAAGACCAGAUACAAAAUAUUGUUCAAAUGAAUGUGGAAUUAAACUUGCCAUCAAGCGCUUAGAAACUCUACUACCAGAAAGUUUUCAUGCUUGGUAUCCUAACUUGUUUACGAAAGCUGGAACGGCUCUUUCUGAAUUAGAAAGGCUACCGGAUUGUAUGGCUACCGUUAUUGACAAAUUGCGUCUUAAAGAAAUUAGUAAGGAACAGUGUGUAGUACACAAUCGGUUGGUUGAAUUAGAAAUGGAGCAUCAAAAGCUUACGGCACUUAUUAGUCGAGCUCAAGAGCGAAAAACUGGACGAAACAAUGAACAAAUGGUAAUUUCUCUCAUGUCAGGCAAUUUUUGAUUUUUAUGUUCACAAUUUUUUUUUGUCAGUGUAUUAUCUUCACUCCUGGUUUCACUUUGUAGUUCAGUUCUCUCUGAUUGCCCUGAUGUAUAAUGAGUUAAUUCGAACCGAUACAUUUUCAUCCUAGGUAUUACGUAGGUAUCAGUUAGCCAAUCAUUGAAGAUGACAGAGUACUGAAUGAUUCUGUUGUCGGAUUCCAGAUCAUAGUAGGUAAUAUUAAGUGUUGUAACGGGUGGACUGCAGGUUUUGGUAAGCAGCGUUUUAUCGAUCGAUUGCUUCAGUGGACACGUAAACACGCAGUGGACGACCUAGUGCCCUGAUUGGUUCCGCUUCCCUGUCUAGCCCAGCCAGUUGGGUCCAGAACACAAGUCACAGCCUCUGAGUUAUGAAUCAUUUUAUUUCAGACAUACUCUAUUUAUAUACCAAACAAACAAACCACAUCGUACCAUAAAAUAGAAAACAACAUUUACACAAUAUUUAACGAGUGAAAUAAACAUCGACCAAUAGGAAAUGUCCAUUUAACGUCCAAGGACACCAUUCGACUUAACACGAUAGUUAUUGGUACAUUCCUCUGCAUACCUAACACUAAGCUCGAAUAUGUAGGAUAUUUUUUUAAACUACUGUUUUCACAGAGCCAACUCUUUGUCCUUGUCAGGUGCACUUGCGUAUAAACUCAUGUAUUUAUCAGUCUAUAAUGUUUUCAUUAUCAUUAUUAAGCUUGCUGCGGUUGCUCACGACGCAGAACAAGUAGAACAGAUGGAACCCAUCAUAUGUGUUACGUGCUCAGCUGAAAUCAGUAUGCGACAUGCUCUGAAGCAUAUGGAGAAAUGUUUUCAAAAGAUGGAAGGAAACACUGUGUUUUGUGCUAAUCAAAAGGAGCAAAUCAUGGGUACACCAUUAUUUUGUGAUGCUUACGACUCACAGGCUAGAGCGUAUUGUAAACGAUUACGUGUAGUCUGUGAGCAUUAUAAAGAACCGAAGCUACCUGCAGAUACAGUAUGUGGAUCACCGCUUGUUCACAAUGUCUUUGAAGAAACUGGUGAAUUUUGUUGUGUACCGCGCAAUAAGUGCACUAAACACUUUGGUUGGGAACGUCUACGUCGAGCGAAAAUAGAUUUGGAACGAUAUCGCUGUGUAAGUAAUGUUUUCUAAUAAUUUAUUCACAAAUUGUCUCAGAUAAACCUAUUAUAAUAAGACUAUGAAACAAAUAAAUUGACAAAACGAUUCUGCAACUUUCAAUCUUGUGCUGUUAAUAUACUGAAAUAUAUUAAUGUUAACCUGUUGUUAUUUCUAAGACACCUAGCUCUCAAACUUGACUGUCGUUAUGGUCGCUUGACUGAUUUGGUACUGAUAAACCCUGCAUCGGAUGACGGAACUAAAAACACAAAGCCAUGUAUCAUUUUAGUUUUUU